CUCAAAUUGCUGUCAUUAUGUAGGUGGGCAUGUGAGAGAGAUGGGCAUCUCUGUCCUCACCUUAUUAACUGCUCUUCCAUAUUAGCCACAAUCCAGAGUAGGAAGUAUAUCUCAUCUGCAUGCACAACACAUUGAGUGCCUUAUUUUACUGUUCAGCUGAUGCCUCUGCUGCGUCAAAACCUGCUUUGGAGUUUCAGAAGUGGCUUGCAGUCUAAUGUCCUGUCCUGUGAUGGAAAAAUACGGGCCCAAGCCAAGGAUGGAAUCCAAGUAAACAUAGUUAUUGAAUGCUAGGCUUGGAUUUCAUCUGGAACUAGAUGAGGAUUUUAUCUCUUUCAUGACCCAGGCAAGAUCAGCUGCUAUGUCUAAUAAGAAAUUUCAGCUCCAAGAGUCAGAGCAGGAGCAAGAUAAACCUGAUAGUCCAUUUGACAUCUUCACUAAUCUAGAAAGAAAUGAUUUAAGUGAUAAUCUAUCCAGGAAAGAAACUUCCAGCACACCUCUUCCUAAUUCAGAUACAACUGGAGGGGAGUCAAACAGCAAAUCCUCAAGUUAUUUUAUAGCCCUUGAUUCAUCUAUUGAAAAUCUGCAAGAAAGAGCCCAGCAAAUAAUUGAUAAGAUGAAUGAGAAGCGUAAGGAAGACCAAGUGCUCAUGAACAAUUUCCGAGAAAGUCUUUUGAUGAAGGUUUCAAGCUUGGCAGAGAAGUUGGAGGAAAGCAUGUUCCCUGUCUAUGAUCAUCAUAACAAGCUCAUUCAAGAUAAAAUCCAAGAGCUUUACCAGAUCAUGGAGAGGAUCAAACAAAUUGAAACAGAGCUCAGGAAGGUCUGUCACACUGUGGAGAUGUUAUAUAAAGACCUGUGUGAGCAGUCUGAAUUGUGAGUGCAUGGAGAGAGAAAAAGUUGGGGAAUAGUGUUACAUGUCCUUUUGCAUCAUUGGUGAAUGUAAUGGAUAUAUACUUACUUGGUACCCCAAGCCCCUGUAACCUGAGUUCUGACUGUUUUUGUUGUUCUGAAUUUGUUACUUGUUUUAAAAAUACUUUUAAAAAAUAAUGAAGGUGGGGAAAGGAAGAACGUAUUUAAACUGAAAGGAAAAAACUGAAUCCCAGUUAUCAGGAUCAAACUAGACAUGUUCAUAUUAUAUAGCAGAUUUUUGUUAAAUAGCUAAAGUGGAAGGGUGGGGUAGCAGGAUUGGGACCACUGAAUGGCAGGAGGGUGCCUUUACUCCUUUGCCCCUGCCACAGGCCUGGCUGGGCCAAUCUCACACACCUGUUACAUCACAACUGGUAUCAUGGGAGGUGGGAUUCCUAUCACAACACAGUAGGAACAAAGAGUUGAAGGCUCCUCCCCUUCAUUUAAUAAAAAAUCAACUACAAAACCAAACUAUGCAACAGAUAUCACAUUUGGCCCUCAGUAAGCAAAUUUCAGGCACUUUGUUCGUCAUUCUUUGCUUGUGUGUACAAGUCGAAUUAUUCCAGGGUGAAAACUCAAUAAAAUUGGAAAUAUAUUGGCAUGAAAAACUGUACUUUAUUUUUGUUUUACAGGAGUGUUUGAACUACUGCCAUUAUGUCUUAAGGAACUAUAAAUAUAACAAAAUGGCUUGAAAAGA